GACUCUGUGGCUCCCCGAAAAUGGGCGCACGAGCCUAUGCCAGAAUUUGUUAUAGGUCACGUGCCGAGGUCAACGAAUGUGCGUAAAAAUGAUAGUUUCGAAAAUGAGGUCGAUAGAAUUUGGCGAGUGUGAAUACAUUAUGAAGUGAUCCGGUAAAUACGUUUCGAUUCGCUCGUUUUAACACAUCGAUUUAAACGAUCUAACGUAACGUACUCGUUCGUAUCAUCGGAAAUGUCAAAGUAAUUCGCGACAUUUUUUGGUCCUCCGGGCCGGAUCGCUUAACGUUCGAUAUCGUGAAAUACUUGCGCUCGAUUUUGCAUGUCUCUGACGUUUAACGUAAUGAGCAUGAGGCAUGCCCUUCUCGAGCUGUAACGUAAGCCUUUUGCACAGUCUGUUUUUGUAAUUGUCUUUCCGACAAUGGAUAGUGCUUCGUUAAGAAAACUGAGAAGUCGAAAGAAGGCUCAGUUUACAAGACUGUGUAAACGGGCUGAUACUUUGGUCGACACAUCGGGAAGCCGAAGCCAAAUCGAAGGCUUACUUAAAGAGCUUGAUGAGGCUCUAGACGCUGUAAGUGAAGUGAAUGACAGCUACACGGACAGCCUGAAAGAUGACGACCGUGAAAAGGAUCAGACCGAAGAAUACAUGACAGACGUCGAAGAAGCACAUCAGAAGAUUUGUGAACGCAUUCGUGAACACUUCAGAUCCCGUGGGGAAUUAGCGUCGUCAGAGUCAGGAACAAGCAAAACAACUUCGAAGUCACAGUCUGCUGUCUCCAGUCGGUCAAGUCGAUCUGCGGCCGCAAAGGAAGCCGAAAUCGGAGCAUCCCUGAAACGAAUGGAGCUCAGUCAGCUCGAACUACGGAUAGAAGAAGAAAGAAAAAGAGACGAGCUGAAAGAGAACUUAGAGAGGCAGAGACGAGAGAUAGAUCGAGAGGCACGAAUCGCCGAAGCCAGAGAUGCUGCACAUCUCGCAGCAAGAGAAGCGGAGCUGCGUAAGGCAGCAGAAAAUGAACUUCAGUGGGAACGGCGGCACGAUUUUGACGGCGAAAACGAACUCGCUGGACCUUCUCAAGAACAAGAACGAGUUGGAACAGCAGAAGAAGGACUUGCAAUCGAAGCUGACACCCCUGUGGCUGAUAAGUCUCAAACGGAAACUGGUAAUCGGCCGGCGCCGGAGCUGACUCGGGGUCAGACAGCUACAUCAUGGAUAUUGGAAGCUGCGAACAGGCCACAAGACACAGAACCGCCGAGAAAUGGUCACUCGGGCUAUCGGAGUGUCCCGCAGAUUCAGCUCCCAAAGUUUAGCGGUAAGGCCACUGAGUGGCCCCAGUGGAUUGGCCUUUUUAAAUCGCUCAUCCACGACCAGCCAGGCCUAUCGGACGCUGAAAAACUCGCCCAUCUCCAGGCAUCCGUAACUGGUCUAGCUAAGCAGGCUGUCGAAGGAAUGAUGUUCGAUGCAGCGCUGUAUCCUUCCGCUCUACAAGCUCUGAUGAAACGAUUCGGGAGAGAAGACGAUAUCGUGAGCGCAAGCCUCAGUGCCGUCUUCAACACGUCUCCAAUGAAAAAUGUGGACCCGGUCAUGCUGGAAAAGCUACACGCCGCCGUUCACUCCGCGGUCACAGUGCUGAACGCCAUGGGUUUCCACGGAGACCUUAACAGUACUGAGAACCUACGUCGCAUCAUUUUCAAACUUCCGAAUGACUUGAAAAGAGAGUGGGGACGUGAGGUCAUCAAAAUGGAGCCGGAGCGCCCAAACAUGACACACUUUGAUAGCUGGCUGGGACUACAAGUUCGAAUCGCAAUGGCCGUUCCUGCUCAGCCGCAAGAUCGCAACAUGGCACGCCCCAGUUCUGACUUCAGGCGCGCGCCCCGCACUCACUCGACAUCGGUUGCUGUAACGACGACUCCUGAGGUCAGCGACAAGAGCGCAACACGUCGACAGCAAGUCAGUCACAACGAGCAGCCCUGCUGCUGUGGGGAGCGACACGAUCUCGCCGUUUGUCCGUCCUUCCUGCAAAAAUCGCCAAAUGACCGCGCUAAGUUUGUCGCUGAAAGCGGGCGCUGCUUCCUCUGUCUUCAGCCCGAUCAUCGGUCUCGGCAGUGCCGAUCCACGCAAAAAUGCGGAGAGAACAGGUGCCAGGGAAGGCACCAUCACCUGCUCCACGGCAGCGAAAGAAUCUUCUCUCGUGCAGCCGGCACUGAGGAACGUUCAAACAGAACAGUGGCAGCAGCCUCAGGUCUCGGAGGGACGACACUGCUACAAAUAGUACCUGUGCGUGUACAUGGCGAACACAGCUACAUCGACACAUUCGCCGCUCUCGAUUCCGGUGCACAGACCUCGCUGUGCACGGAAAAUCUGGCGAAAAAGCUCAAACUGACGGGUGAAUCGGAGUCGCUCCGUCUUAACAGUAUCGAAGGAGCCGGGCCACAGAGAAUCGCUCUGAGAACGUCCAUGAAAAUCACCCCCCUGGCUCGGGAAUCGGAAGAAACAGAAGUCAUGGCAAAUGAAGUGUGGACAGUACCGAGGCUGAAUAUUCCCGUGCCAUACAUCAGCAGCUCAGCACGUUCGCAGUGGCGUCAUGUGGAGGGGCUUGACGUCGCGCUUCCGAGGCCAGAGCAGGUGGAGGUCCUUCUUGGAGCAAACAUUAUCGAAGGAAUCAUCCAGCGCGAGGUUCGAAUCGGAGAGCCUGGCCAGCCUGUGGCCAUAAAGACGCACUUUGGAUGGGCUUUGACCGGAACGAUAACAAACCUCGUUCCAUCGUCAGAACAUCACGUGAUGCAUGUUCAUCGGAGCCCAGCACAGGACCUCGAUCUGACCAACCUGGUUCAGAAGUGGUGGGACAUGGAGACUUUUGGAACAACACACUCCAAGGUGAAGCCUACAUCGUAUGAAGACCAAAGAGCUCUAAAAAUCCUUGAAGAAACGGUCGAGCUGGUGGACGGGCGUCUUGAAGCCCCACUGCUGUGGAAAGACGAUGACGUCUCGCUGCCGGAUAACCGUCUCGGUGCGCUCCGUCGACUCGAGCGAAGCGAGAAAUCUCUCCAUAGAAGUCCAGAGACAAGAAAGAAAUACCAAGAAACUAUCGAAAGCUACGUGCAACUCGGUCACGCCCGAAAGCUCGAAGAAUCGGAAGUGUUGAAACCGAGCUCAAAACGCUGGUACCUGCCACAUCAUGCGGUUCGCAAUCCAAACAAGCCGGACAAAAUACGGGUCGUAUUCGACGCGGCCGCCAAGUUCAGUGGCACGUCCCUGAACGAUCACCUGUUGACUGGACCCGAUCUCCUGCAGGACCUACCUGGGCUGCUCAUUCGGUUUCGUGAGCGGCCAGUCGCAAUCGCUGGAGACAUCGACCAGAUGUUCCACCAGGUGCAAAUUCUACAGCGUGACCGACCAGCCCUCAGCUUCUUGUGGAGGGACAUGGAGCGGAACAGACCUCCUGACACGUAUGAAAUGAACAAAGCGAUAUUCGGAGCCAAAUGCUCACCAGCAAUCGCCAGUUUUGCACUGCAACUAGUCAUCAAGAACGGCUCUGAGCUUACGCUCUCUCGUGAUGAGGCCGCUGCAGUGGCAAGACAGUUCUAUAUGGACGAUUUCGUUACAUCAGAGAACUCCGUGGAGACGGCUAAAGUGAUGCUCCAUACUGUCGUCAAACUGGUCGCUGAAGGUGGAUUCAAGCUUCGGAAGUGGGUCAGCAAUUCACGAGAGGUGAUGGAGUCAGUAGCACCUGAAGACAGGGCUCAUGCCAAAACAGAUAUGUCCAUACCGCUGCCGUCCGAGCGUGUCCUUGGUAUAGCCUGGGAUCCAGAGACAGACAUGAUCGGUGUUCAUCGACCAGAAAAACGCACUGCCCCGCCUACCAAACGCGGAGUUCUAGCCACCACGGCAUCGAUCUUUGACCCACUCGGCCUGGUCGCACCGUUCACCCUUCGAGCGAAACUUCUCAUGCAAGAUCUCUGGAAACAGCAGCUGUCAUGGGACUCUAAGCUGAAUGAAAACGAUACACAUCGAUGGACGGCAUGGAAGAUGGAAGCUGAGCAGCUCUCCCGACUGAGGAUCCCCCGCUGUUUUGCUACGCCGGAGAGUGAAGUCGUUCGAAGAGAGCUCCAUAUCUUCAGCGACGCGUCGGAAGCGGCAUUCGGUGCCGUCGGCUACCUCAGGCAGAUCGACUCGACCGGCACAAUCGCCUGCUCGCUGGUGAUGAGUCGGACAAGAGUGGCACCGCUGAAAAUGCUGACCAUUGUGCGGUUAGAGCUGCAGGGCGCGGUUUUGGCCACACGACUGCAUGACAGCAUACAGUCGGCCCUCACGAUUCAAGUGAACCAGACGUUCUACUGGACCGACAGUGAAGUAGUUCUCGGCUAUAUCAACAAUGAGGCUCGACGGUUCCAGACCUUCGUCGCAAACAGAGUAGCCGAGAUCAGAAGCCGAUCGGAACCAUAUCAGUGGAGGCAUGUCCCUGGUUCCCUGAACCCAGCGGACGAAUGCUCCAGAGGCCAGCCGCUUUCCGAGAUCGACUCUGACAGCCGGUGGUUCCGGGGUCCAAACUUUCUCUACAGACCGGAAAUUGAAUGGCCUUCUGCUCCCAAAACGGCCCAACCAAGUGCUAGCGAUCCUGAAGUCAAAACGGUGGGCUCCGUGACCGUUGGACAGUCAGUUCCGACACUGCUGGUCGACCCGGCUCGCCACUCGUCGUGGACCCGCUAUAGGCGUGUUACCGCCUGGGUAUUGCGCUUCGCCUGCAACUUCAUCGCCAGACACUCAGCUCAGUAUCGAGACUGUGGCAACAACGGACCACUGUCUGCAGAGGAGCUGCGACUCGCUGAAAUCCACAUCCUCAAAGCAACUCAGCAGGACGCAUUCAAGUCGGAAAUCGACCUGCUCUCUCGUGGGAAGUCGGUGUCUGUCAGUAGCACUCUGCUUCAGCUUACGCCGCUGCUGGAUUCAAGCGGAGUCAUUCGAGUUGGAGGACGGCUGCAAGCAAGUCAACUUCCAUUCUCAGCCAAGCACCCGGCUCUCCUACCAAGACGACACGAGGUUACUCGGCUCAUAGUGACUUCAGUUCACCGUCAAGUGCUUCACUCGGGAGUCGACCACACGCUGAAUGAGCUUCGGCAGGUGUACUGGAUUCCGAAGGCGAGGAGCACCAUCAAGUCAUACCUACGAGGAUGCGCCGUUUGCAAGAAACUGCACAGCCGCCCCCAGGCCCCUCUGAUGGGGGACCUGCCUGAAGCGAGAUUUGAUUCUCAGCACGCUUUCAGCUCAGUCGGGCUGGAUUUUUUCGGUCCUCUCCAAGUGCGUGUAGGCCGCAGGACGGAGCGUCGGUACGUCUUGCUUAUCACCUGUCUGGCGUCAAGAGCGCUACAUUUGGAGACCAUCCCGUCUCUCGACACUGAUAGUUUCCUGCUAGCACUCCGCCGUUUUAUCGCUCGGCGCGGGAAACCAGCUCAGAUAUUCAGUGACAACUGGAAAAGUUUCAAGAGAGCCGAUAAGGAGCUUCGUGAUGCUCUCAGAAACUGGAACAACGAACAAAUAAGCAACACGAUGGCACAGAAGAACAUCAAGUGGAGCUUCAACCCGCCUGGCAGUCCUCACAUGGGUGGAUGCUGGGAGAGACUGGUGUCUUCAGUGAAAAGAGCACUACGCGUCGUCCUGGGCAACCAGCUCGUCACAGAUGAAGUUCUCAGCACUGUUCUCAUGGAGGUCGAGUUCAUGUUGAACAGUCGGCCGCUCACGUAUGUGAGCACCGAUGCAGAUGAUCCAGAGGCCUUGACUCCGAACCAUUUGAUUCUCGGUCGCGACUCUCCCAGUCUCGCUCCAGGCAUGUUUUCUGGGGAACAACUGAGUUUCCGGAGACGAUGGCGUCAUGCUCAGCAGCUUGCAGAUGUGGAGAAGGAAAUCAUGCCUCCCACUCCCGAUGGAGGCCCCAAAUGUCGGACCCCCUUUUUUGUAUUUGUCUGGGUGUCUGGGGCGCAUAGCGACACGGGACCGCCGGCUCGCUGGCCGGCUGCCCGUCCGGUCACGUGCUUGCGUCCCGACACCCACCAUAAAACCAUGUUCUUCGGAAAUACACGCGCUCACUUCUCCUCUACCGACUGUGACGCCAACACCAUCCGCGGACCCCGGCUCCGACGAGGGCGGCCGAAAUGGCCGGCCCACAAUUGGUGCCAGCGGUGGUGGUUGGUUGUCGGUGGAGGAUUUUUGGCUUCAGGUUCGUGCUUCUUGUGGCGGAACGAGUGCAGCGUCAAAUAAUACCCAAAGGACAUGCAUGCUUCUCGAUAUUCCCAAUUAAUUAACAGUAUACUUUAUCGAACUAACUACUGAUUAGCUUUAAUUUUAGUCAUCUGGUAAAAAAAAAAAAUGACUUCUAUAACAUUGACCAAUAACUUUUGGCCAUUCUGAACAAUUUACACCAGCGAAAGUGAUAAGUGGCAAUAAAAAUUGUCCACAGAAAGUUUGUAAAUUCAACAAUUUACCAGCGAUAUAACUACAUUAGAAGUAUUGCUGUAUGCAUGCCUUCCCAAACGAUUUCACGGGUAUGACGUAAUACACAGAUGCACUCGUUCAGAAGACGCCACUCUUUAAAAGGACUUCAUUUUUUCAACCGUAUAUUUUUUAUUAAACAACUAAUCCUUGAGUUUCUGUUACCCAUCUGGGAGUGGCCACUAUCUGACUCCCCGAGCAUCGACUACGGAGAAACGCCGAUACGCAUCACGGUCUGCAAAAGCUGGAUGAUCAUAGUCAUGAUGGGAUCGGACGCUCAUCGCCGACCCGUCUGGCUGUCUCAGUCGCUCUGCAUCUGGUCCACGAAUCACACACUGCAACUGCGGACGCCAUCACCGACUGCGCAGCAGCCGUACCUGCAGCAGCAGCAGUCGUACCUGGCGUUCCAUGCGCGGUGUCAUACGUGGAUCUAUGCAGUUAGGAUCGUGAUUGCUUAUUGGUCGCCUCCUUUUGUCGGCUUGUUGGGGGAGGAAAGAUAUGUGGAGAAGGAAAUCAUGCCUCCCACUCCCGAUGGAGGCCCCAAAUGUCGGACCCCCUUUUUUUGUAUUUGUCUGGGUGUCUGGGGCGCAUAGCGACACGGGACCGCCGGCUCGCUGGCCGGCUGCCCGUCCGGUCACGUGCUUGCGUCCCGACACCCACCAUAAAACCAUGUUCUUCGGAAAUACACGCGCUCACUUCUCCU